UGCAGACCAGUUAUGAGGCUCAAGACGCGGCUCUGCAUGCCAUACGGCUCAGCCUUGCUUUGAAGCUCAAAAAUUCCAAGAGUUUCCUGUAGCAAGGUCGAACUCUAAUGUGAACCAGAAGCUGCAAAUUCUCUCUCUGCCUCCUCAGUCUGUUGGUUAGUGGACAGUGUAACAUCUCGAUAUGUCUCGUCUGUGGAUCCUACUCAUCUUGUUGAUCAACAGCCCGGUGCUUUCUGCAAAAUCAGGCAAGAAGAAACACCAGACGAAGAAUAAAAGCGAUUUUACGGUUCCCAAAGAGGAUGCUGGGGUUCGGGAAAGUCCCUCAGAGUCUGACUUCUUGGUUGAUUUUGCUGGGAAACAUCGCCUGUGGGUGAUCUCCGCACCAUCACAUAAUGACAACUACCUGCGCAUGAUGGAGAAGCAGAUCCAGGAAUCUGAAGGACUCAAUUGCCGCUUGGCAGAGAGAGACACGCUCAUCGUUACUAUUAUUCAAAACGCUCUUAUGGAAGGCAGAAUCCAACGUAUGACCUUGCAAGGAGAAGCCAACGUUGAGGCCAUGGAUUCUGAGAUGGUGAGCAAACUUCUCCAUCACAUUGAACUGGAGGACCAAACUUUCUCCAUGCUAAUUCUCAAGAAGAACAUGAGGGUCAGCGAGAGGUUUCCGUACGCCGUUCGAGUUGAAGCCAUUCUGGAGGUCAUCGAUCAUCUGCCUGUGCGAAAGCUGGAGAAGGUCGCUAGGAAGGGAUCGCCGGUCAAAUGCAAAAUCACAAAAAAGAGGAUAGUGGUGAAGAAACAGGGUUCAAGCAAGCGUAGGACGUUCAGCCCACAGAGGCAGAGGAACACCACAUCUGUCGUCUUCACGAAGAAGAUACGACUGGACAAAAAGGAAACUAUAAGAAACAAAGUACAAGACAUUUUGAGUGGAGGUUCACGAUAUGUCAUACGUAAAGAAACAAUAGGAUCGGGGAAUGGAAAACCAUCAGAUAAAGGAGGAUCUGGAUCUUCUAAAAAUGAGAAACCAAAGCUUGACAACCAGAAGAAAGCUUCAGAUGGAGACAGAAACAAAGAGCCCGUAAAAGAAGUAAAAAAUAUUUCGGAAGCAGAUAAAAAACUUGCUGGUGUAAACUCAAAAUCGGAUAGGCUCAAUGAGGAGUUCAAAGUAGAACAAACUGUUGAUCACUCAGGCUCCAAAAAGAAAGGCAAGGGAAAGGAUGGCAACAAGAAAAAGGGGAAAGGGGGGAGGAGGAAGUCACAACGAGAAGCAGAUGAUAAGGAAAAGGGAGCUCUUAAGGAAUUCAUGCAAAACCUCAAAGGGAGAAGAAGACUUCUUGUGAUUUCAUCCCCGAGUGAUGUGUCAAGUCAGCAUAUCAAACAGAGAGAUGAUAACGAGCUGCAUAGCUGUGAGUUUUCCCAAAGAAAGAUCUCGGUCCUGUCCAUCAGGGGUUCAGAAUAUAAUCCUACACUACACAUUCAACACUACCAACAAGACUCCGAGCCUCCACAAGCAUCCUUGCCAGAAAACUUCAGGAACCCGGAGUUAAUUGGCGAGAUCCGCAGAGAAUAUGGGCUAGACGCUAAAAACUUUUCAAUGGUGUUGACCGACUAUGACCUGAGGCCUAAUCUAAACAGGGUUUUCAACAAGCCAACUGCUCCUUCUGAUUUACUGGAUUACAUUGACAGCUUCCCUUCACGUCAGUCUGAGAAGGAGGAAGAGCGAAAAUCUCCAUCACCCUGCUCUAAAGCUGAAACCAAUAAUCAGGAGAACUCGCUUCUGAGGUUUAUGUCCAAACGAAGACUUCUGAUCAUCUCAGCACCCAAUCCUGAUGAUUACUCAUUCCAUCAGCAGCUUCAGGCAGUCAACGGACAGGAAUGUCCACUGGGUAUUCGUCAUUUUGCCUUGCUGAAGAUUGUUGGAACGGGGUCGACUGCUUCAGGAACAGUAGAGUUUUUUCCACUGAAUGGUAAAAGUCAGCCUGAGAAGGAGACGCUCUCGCAGGACGUGGUGGAGAGUCUGAGAAAUCAGUUAAAGAUCAAUAGGGAGUACUUUACCAUGCUGGUGGUGGGUAAAGAUGGAGAUGUAAAGGCCUGGUUCACAUCUCCAAUGUGGUUUCUGGGAAGCAUCUACGACCUCGUGGACUCUUUGGAAUUGCGUCAACAAGAGCAUAAACUGCAGCAAACUCUAGGAAUUCGUUGUGUGGAUGAAAAUGCUGGCACUUAUCAUGGCUACACAGAAGAAACAGAGGACAGCUAUUUGUACCACAGAUCGGAGGACUAAAAAUCACAAACAAAGCUACAGUUUAUCUCGAAUAUUAAAGUGACAGUUCACACAAAUAAUUCAGAUUGCUCUCCCUCGUGUGGUUUUAAACCAUUAUGGGCAUCUUUCUUCUGUUGAUCACAAAAGAAGAUAUUUUUAAAAAUGUUGGUUCAUGGUUCACAUUGACAUCUAUAGUAGGAAAAAAAAAUGCAAGUCAGGGGGUUCCAGCAUUCUUCAAAAUAACUUAUUUUGUGUUAAUAAAAACUCAAUUAAGGUUUGAACAAAUGAAGGGUGAGUAAAUGAAAACAUAACUUCUCAGAAAUGUUUUACAUGUGCUACUAUGCUUAAGUAUAGCUAAAAGAGAAUGUGUGCAAUUCUUGUUUUUUUUUUUUACAAGCUGUUCAUAUUAAAGGAUAUUUUUCUA